UGUAGGCCCUACUCAAAGUAAUCAAAAUUAUAAAGCUAGCCAUAUGCUACCAAUUGCAAGCAUUCAUUAAAACACAAAACUGGAUGGUUAGCUGGGGAUACAUACGAAGCUACUUAAACAUACUAACAAUGCCCUCUGCCGAUACCAUCAAUAAGCGGAUACAGCAUUUGGCCGAAGAAGAUCCUCAUAGAAAAAGUUUCUGCUUUAUCAAUAUGGAAAAUGUGGUGAUACCGUUGUCAAGGAAACAACUGCAUGAUUGGAGCAGACGAUACGCUUCUCGUCUGAAACGAUAUGGUAUCCAGAAAGGGGAUAUAAUUUGUUCUCUAAUGGCCAACUCAAGAACAAGAAUCGUAGUUGAUAUGGGAAUACUAAUGACUGGUGGCGUUGUUUGUAAUGGAUUGCCGACAUUCAAAGACGGUGAAGAUUUUUUCACCACCCUUAGAAACUCGAAAUGCUCCAUGAUCAUCACAUCGGUUGACCAUCCAACAUUCCAGAUGGUGAAACAGUAUUUUGUUACGAAAAACUUUGUUACGGGAAAACACACAGAAACUAUAAUCCCAAUCCAAUGUGACAAGGCACCGAAUUUGAAACAAGUGAUUGUGUACGAGUUGAGGAGCCACGAAGACCACACGAGUUUUCUUGCUGGUCUUGAUGAUGAAGACUUCUACGAGGCUGACGUCGCUCCUGAAGACGAUGCGUAUUAUUUCUCCACUUCAGGGAGUACAGGAUUGUCAAAACUGAUACCCAGAACACAUCGCGAAGUUCUGACUAUUUCGGGCGGCCACCCUGUCCUGCUAAAAGACGACAUCUACUUCAACGACCGCACGUUUGGCUGGCUCACCGGGUUCCCCCAUUUCUUCAUGUCUCAGGGCCUCCCUGUCUUAGUGCAGGAGAUAUUCGAUGGCAUCAAGCCGCGACAAGUGACAGACAUUUGGGAGGUUGCAUUGAACCUUGGUGCCACUUGUAAUUUUUUAUUCGCGGCAGACAUAAUGACACUAAAGAAGCCUUAUGAAGAAGGUGUUUUUAAGAAACGAAUCAGAGCAACGCUGUUAGGAGGUCAACCACUCAAACAGAAUGUUUUACAAGCGGCGAGCCUAGUGUCUGAGGUGAUAAUCACAUUUUAUGGCUCCGUCGAUACGGGCGUCAUUGCUCAUGGGACUGUUGAUACAAAAUCGAUGGGUAAGAUUAAGGAUUGCUUUGUCGGAAAGAACUACCCCUACAUGCAAAUCAGAUUAGUUGAUGAAACUACCAAAGAAGUGUUUACAGAACCGAAUCGUGUUGGACUCAUUCAUGUAAAAGGUAGCACAGUAACCAGACGUUACCUUAACACAACCGAGGUACCUGACGUCACAGACGAUGGCUGGACCAACAUUAAAGAUGCUGGAUAUUAUGAUGAAAACUGGAACCUAUACGUCAUCGGACGUCAGUCUGACGUCAUCGUGAGCGGAAUGUUUAACAUCUACCCACAGUGGAUUGAGGAGAGAGUACAGAAAUGUCCAGGGAUUGAGACUGUGGUCAUCGUAGGACUGCCCCACCCAGAGGCCACACAAGAGUUAUGUGUGUGUGUCGUCAAAGAACGCGACUCAACAUUAACUUAUGCCGAGCUGAAAGAUUUCUGUCAAGCGAUGUUUCUUGACGGAGCACUGAACUUCGCCUACGUCCCUGACAAGUUUGUCAUCAUGGAUAGCUUCCCCUUGCUCCCUGUAGGUAAAGUCAACAGGAAAGAAGUCGAGAAACUGGCGACGGAACAUUUUAAAAGCAUUUCCAUUUAAAAAACUUUUUUAAAUUCACUACUAUGA